UGAGCGGUGGGCUCGUUCAAUGAUCGGUGGAGCCAGGAAGUUCUCUUUCCCAAGGAGAAGUGGAAUCAACUGCUUCAUGAAGCCCACCAUAUCCCGGCCCUCGGCCUCUUCAGAGCUAAGUCGGUGUAUUUUCAGCUCCUUCCAGAUCAACAGCAAAAGAGGAGAAGCUUUAACGUCUGUUUGUUCCUGACAAACACUGGUUGUAGAGAUGUCUGCUGCCAGCUGUCUGCUGACUGAAGAUCAGUUCCUGUGCUCCAUCUGUCUGAAAGUCUUCACUGAUCCUGUCACCUUAUCAUGUGGACACAACUUCUGUCAAAACUGCAUCACUGAACACUGGGAUAGUAAUGUCUCCUGUCAGUGUCCCAACUGUAAAGAGAUGUUCUCCACCAGACCACAGCUGAAGAUCAACACCUUCAUCAAGGAGACGUCUGCUCAGUUCAGACAGUCAGCUCAGCAGAAAUCCAGCAGCAGCUCAGAGAGACAAGUUUCCAAACCAGGAGAAGUUCCCUGUGAUGACUGCACUGGAACCAAAGUGAAGGCCCUGAAGUCCUGCCUGGUGUGUCUGGCUUCUUACUGUGAGACUCACCUGGAGCCUCAUCUGACCAUGUCAGGUCUGAAGAGACAUCAGCUGAUGGACCCUGUGGAGAACCUGGAAGACAGGAUGUGUGAGAAGCACGACAAACUGCUGGAGCUGUUCUGUAAGAACGACCAGAGGUGUGUCUGCAUGAUGUGCACCAUUUCAGACCACAAGACUCAUGAUGUUGUUCCUCUGAGAGAAGAAUAUGAAGGAAAGAAGGCCGAGCUGGGGAAGACAGAGGCUGAAAUUCAGCAGAUGAUCCAGAAGAGACGAGUGAAGAUUGAAGAGCUCAAACACUCAGUGGAGCUCAGUGAUGAGAACGCAGACAGAGAGAUAGCAGAAGGUGUUGGAGUCUUCAGUGCUCUGAAAGAAUCUGUAGAGAGACGCCAGGCUGAGCUCAUCAACAGCAUCAAAGAGAAGCAGAGAGAGACGGAGAAACAGGCUGAAGGCUUCAUCAGAGAGCUGGAACAGGAAAUCUCUGAGCUGGAGAAGAGAAGUGCUGAGGUGGAGCAGCUCUCACGCUCUGAAGACCACCUCCAACUCCUCCAGAACUUCACGUCUCUGAACGCUGCUCCACCCACCAAGGACUGGACUGAAGUCAGAGUCCAUCCACCUUCAUAUGCGGGGACUGUGGUGAGAGCUGUGAAGCAGCUGGAGGAGACCAUCAGUGAACAGAAGAAGAAGCUGUUUGAGACUGAGCUGAAGAGAGUCCAGCAGUAUGAGGUGGAUGUGACACUAGAUCCUGAUACAGCGAGUCCCUGGCUGAUCCUGUCUGAUGAUGGGAAAGAAGUUUACGAUAGUGAUGUGAAGAAAGAUCUCCCAGACAAUCCAGAGAGAUUUGAUCAGUGUGUAAAUGUCUUAUCAAAGCAGAGUUUCUCUUCAGGCAGGUUUUACUACGAGGUUCAGGUUAAAGGGAAGACUGGCUGGACUCUAGGAGUGGCCAGAGAGUCGAUCAACAGGAAGGGAAACAUCGCACUGUCACCCAACAGUGGUUACUGGACGAUAGUUUUGAGGAAUGAAAAUGAGUACAAAGCUUGUGCUGAUCCAUCAGUCCGUCUCUCUCUUCAGUCUGGUCCUGAGAAGGUGGGGGUGUUUGUGGAUUAUGAGGAGGGUCUGGUCUCCUUUUAUGACGUUGAUGCUGCAGCUCUGAUCUACUCCUUUACUGGCUGCUCCUUCACUGAGAAAAUCUACCCAUACUGUUGUCCCUGCAACAACAAGGCUGGUAAAAACUCUGCUCCUCUGAUCAUCUCUCCUGUCAGUCACACUGAGUAGAUAAGAGAAAAAUGCUCAUACAUACAUUGUUGAGUCUUUGGCUUCAGAUCAGUUUGAGUUUUAUUUCAGUUCUUCUUUUAAUGCCCCUUUUUUUUUCUCUCCACCAAGUUGAACCAGUUUUCCUGCAUUCAUCAAUAUAAUCCAUUCUGAUAACUGUUUUAGUGCCUUUGUGAGGGAGGUGAUGGUUGCUGAAUACCACUUUUGUGACCUCAGUGAUGAAUGACUCGGAAUAUUUGGUUAAUAUAUCUGCAGACGCCACAGGUUGUCCGGUUAGAACAGGAAGAUGAAGAAACUACUCCAGUCACACUGUCUCUCUUUGAGAUGCCACUCAUUUAUUGCUUAUUCACUCAGAUGAAGCCAGAGGAUGGUGUACAUUGAUAUUUGUUCUAUGACGUUAGGAUGUGUGUGGUUUCUACAAAUAAAGAAUACAGAAAAGAAACAACAAAGCAGAUUAAGUCUUAAGUUUGAAUGAAUGAUAAAUACUGCAUUCUAUUUCUCACAUUUGAAAUUAUUAAACAACAAAUAAACAAUAGGAUGACUCUAACACACAGAAAAGAGUCUCUAAACUUUAAGGGAGUGUCAUCAAUUUACUAAUUCCAAGCUGUAUGUAUGCUGUUUCACAAAGUGCACACACAGGGAGAGUCAAGUAAUUUGACGACGGUCCCUAUCCUGGUGCGAGUGGAGGCUCAAUUUCCCGACAUAAAUAAAACUAAUGGAGCUUAAAUAUACAACAAACGUGAUGACUAACUAAAGAUAAGGCAUCACUAUAUGUGAAAGAAUAUAUAAGGGUUCAUAAACAAGCUAAGAACUAGCAUAAGUCAGUCACAGAUCAGCAGAAUCCAGACGGCUGUCUGUGUGCACGCUAUACACGAAGUAAAGAAACAUGUCAGAGCGAACUACGGCAUUACUGUAGUAAAAUACAACUUAACAGAACAAGAGAUAUUCACUUACGUUCUCAUGGACGCACAGAAUAAUGAACAACAACAGUCCUGAGAAUGAGGGGAAACGUGCAGCUGCCUGCUCUGCUAUGAUACUCCUCACGGA